AUGCUCGCGUGCGCUACAGAGGGCGAGUAUUGCCUGGUCGGUGGAAAAGUGGUUCGUCAGGCCCACGGCUCCUUCUGGACGGGGGCUGAGAAAUAUGAGGGCGAGUGGCUGCACGACCAGAUGCACGGCCGCGGCGUGUACACCUUUGCUACGGGCGCGAUCUACGACGGAGAAUUCCAGGCCAACGCCUUCCACGGCGUCGGGAGCUACCGCUGGGCCGACGGCGCGCACUACGAGGGCGGCUGGCACUUCAACAAAAUGCAUGGAGAAGGUCUGUAUGUGGACAAGGAAGGAGUGCGGUGGCAAGGCCGCUUCUUAAACGGCAAGUACCACAACGGUCGCAUUUUCCACACGUUACGGUGA